AUUUUGACAGAUCUAAGAUCUAAAAGUUAAGUAAUUUUUGUGUAAAUACGUUAACUUUUAUAUUUUCAUGUUUUGCUUCUUAAAUACGCCUAAAAAAGUGCAUUUUGUAGUUAAAAACGAAUUAAAAAUAUGAAUCUAGCUCUAAGGCAAGUCCUCACGAGGCAAACUUUUAGAAUAUGCGACAGACUUAGCUAUAAAUGUUUACCAAAACAACUCCCUAUAACCUCAACAAGCCCUGUUAUACAAUUUCGAAACUAUUGCGAUAACAAUGUACAAACGAGGAAAUUGCCACAGCUGAUGGACUUCCCUCCUGUAGUGUGGCCUUCUUUUAUCAAAUUCAUCAAAAACUGGAUGUUCGCGAAUCUGAUUAUCAGACCGUAUUUUGAACCAGAGUUCAGCCUUGCAGAAUUCAUAGAAGCCUCUAAACAUGCAGUACAGGUUGUUUCAGAGGCACUUCAAAAGAGUGACUUUAAGUCCUUGGAGGGCCUGGUGGACAAGGAGGCUAUUGCAGCCUUAAAGACGGCUAUCUCCGAACUGUCCGUCACACAACGGCAGUUGCUGUCUAUUGACAAGGAAGACAUCUUCUAUGCUUUUCCAUAUCAGGUUGGAGUUAUGUUUGAUGAGUCAGACAAGCGCUGGGUAGAAAUCACAAUGUGCUACCAUGUGCUUCGGGGUCUUAAACAGAUGCAGGAGAGUGGUGACUUGCCGCCAGUUUCAUUAGGUAUCCAGCCAGAAUACCAAGACAAAAUCUUCAUCCUAAACUAUAGAUUCAUCAGAGAAUUCACGAAAGGUGUAGAAGAUAGCUGGUGUGUUAACAUAGUGAACCACUUCCAGCCCCAGUCUUUGAUGAGAAAAUAGUCACUUUACGUAAUGUUCUCCUCAACUAAGUCAUGUAAAAAAAUUGGAAUUAAAUGCAGUCAAAGUUU